GAAAUGCUGCCAGUGGUGGAAUGUUUCCUUUGUAUGCCCGGAGUCAAUUUAAUGAUUUAUGUUUGCAAUUUGUGUUGGGUUUGUUUUGUAAAAGGAGUUGGGGUCCCUUGUUUAGUGUAUGGUGCUGUGGCCUAUUUGGUCGGAAAGGAACAAUAAUGUGUUUAGAGUGGGUCAGUGGAAUGCGGAAAGAGUAUUUGAGUUUAUUCAGAUUAAGUCUUUUAACUGGAUCAAAAGGGAAAACGGAGGGAUUAGCUUUUACUUUAAGAACGGAUGCCAGGGAUCAGAGAGGACAGGUAGAGAGUACAGAAUAGGACAACGGAAGCCAUCUUCUGGCUAUGGAAAAGGAGUACUUGAACAGGCAACCCCAUUUUUUGUCACAAAAUUCCAAGAUGAAUGGGAAAUGGGUGAGAUGUGGAAAGCUUUUGUCAAGGAUACUAGAGCAGCAGAGCUGCAGUUAAACCAGAUCAGGAUUGACCAGCGCACAUUGGAAGCAAAUCUUGCAAGAUUUUCCAUGGAGGACACAAAAAGGAAGUCGGAGAAUCUGGUGGUGUCCAAAUCACCAAAUGGAAACAGGUCCAAAGAGUACCUGACGAUUGUAGAUGAUGGUGUCGUAGAACUAGUACUAGGUGUAAAUGAUGCAGAAAAGGUAGAAGUUGAGGUGUAAAAGUUGAAGGAUCAUAAGGCGAAGAACUACUUAUUCUAAGCCAUUGAUCAUGUAGUCUUGGAAACUGUUCUUAACAAGGAUACUUCCAUGAAGAUUUGAGAUUCAAUGAAGAAGAAAUAUCAAGGGAAUGUAGGGGCACCAAAGUGACAGCAUCUCCAAGCUCUCGGGUAUAAUUUGAGACUCUGUAAAUGAAGAUGGGAGAAUCUA